AUGGAUGAACACAGUGUCGAAAGUUUAGCGGAAGUAUUUAGAUGUUUCAUUUGUAUGGAAAAACUUAAAGAUGCCCAUCUUUGCCCCCACUGUUCAAAAUUAUGUUGCUAUGCAUGCAUUAGACGAUGGUUAACCGAGCAGCGUUCUCAGUGUCCUCAUUGUAGAGCUUCUUUACAUAUUCAUGAACUAGUAAACUGUCGCUGGGUUGAAGAAGUAACUCAACAGUUGGAUACUUUGCAAUUGGUUGGAGCAGUUAAAGAUGAUUCUUCGGACAAAGAAAAAUGUAAAACCCACAAAGAAAAGCUAAGUGUGUAUUGUCGGAACUGUAAGCAGUGUAUUUGUCAUCAGUGUGCUUUAUGGGGAGGUACGCACUCAGAUCAUGUUUUUAAGCCACUGGAUGAAAUUUAUGAGCAGCAUGUUUCACAAAUAAAAGAGGAAUUCGUCCGCCUUCGUAGGAGGCUUGCAGAGUUAAUCAGUUUGGUUCAAGAAGUGGAAAAGAGUGUUGAAAGUGUCAGAAGUGCAAAGGAUGAUCGUGUUCAUGAAAUUCGCCAUGCUGUUGAGCAUAUGAUUUCACGUUUGGACGCUCAGCUGAAAAGCAAACUGUUGACAUUGAUGGCACAAAAGAAUUCUUUGUCUCGAACAGAACAAUUAGAAACUAUUCUGAAAUCAGUUGAACAGCAGUUAAGCUCUAGUUGUAAGAAUGAAUUAAUUACUAUGAGUCCUGAUAUACUUCAUAAUAUGGCUGAAAUUCAGAGUAAACCAAUGGCAAGUUUUGUUACGGCUGCUGUUCCCGCAGAUUCAAGUGAAAUCGUACCUCCUUAUGAUGGAAGUACUUUUGUGAUGCAUAACUUUAGUGUUCUACAGCAGAGAGCUGAUCCUGUAUACAGUCCACCUUUAAAUGUCUGCGGUCUUACCUGGAGGUUGAAAGUUUAUCCAGAUGGGAAUGGGGUUGUUCGAGGUAAUUACUUGUCUGUUUUUCUGGAAUUAUCAGCUGGAUUACCCGAAACCUCCAAGUACGAAUAUAGAGUGGAAAUGAUUCAUCAAACGUCUAGGGAUCCAUCCAAGACAGUUGUUCGUGAAUUUGCCUCUGAUUUUGACGUCGGAGAAUGUUGGGGUUAUAAUCGCUUUUUUAGACUCGAUCUCCUUGCCAGUGAAGGCUACUUAAAUACAGAACGUGAUACUUUAAUCUUGGGGUUCCAAGUUCGUUCACCCACUUUUUUCCAAAAAUGCAGAGAUCAAAUGUGGUGUAUUAAUCAGUUACAGACUGCUCAAGCUCAGUAUAUUAGCCAGAUUAAUGAUUUGAAAGAGAGGUUGGCUAUUGAGUUAUCUAGAAUCAAGCUGCUUUGGGAAAUAAAACAGAUGUAA